AUGUUGGUAUCGGCGUCGGAUUGCCGACCUGGAGCGUUUGAUGAAGAAGUGAAGCUUCCUUUGGACGAAUCCAGUCUGUUUCGAUUAUUGGACGUCAUCAUAGGUGGUCAAAACAAACUUGGCAUUCGAUUAAUUUUCAGCACUUUGAAGAACGCGGCCGAUUUGUUAGAAAAACAACCAAAUAUUACUGAAAUCGAUCUGUAUCAGCAUGAGGCUGUCGCCGUGUGUGGAGAUAUUCACGGAAAUAUUCAUGCUAUACUGCAGUUUUUAAAACAGAAUGGCAUGCCCUCCGAAAAAAGACCAGUCAUUUUCAAUGGGGAUUUUGUGGAUCGUGGAAGUAAAUCCGUCGAAGUACUGAUUCUCGUCCUAACACUAUUUCUGACGUACCCAAACUGCGUUUUUCUAAACCGAGGAAAUCAUGAAGACAUGGCAGUCAACGAGCACUACGGGUUUAAGAAGGAGGUUUGCUUCAAGUAUCCGUAUCCCAGUACUCCUCAACCAGGGCGCAAGUCCGUGCUUAUGGGAAGCGGUCGACCGAAUUCAAAUGUGGGGUUACCCGCUUUAGCCAAUAUUGUUCAACUACGCAUGAUUGGAUCUGCGGCUGAUGAGCCGUCCUGUAUAGCUCGCAGGGUUAUUGAGGAGCGCAAGCCGUCACUCCACGCCAAGGUACAGUCUUGUCGUGAUGGACGUUAUCACCUUCCAAUUAAAGCAAAGGCCGAAGCUCUGAAUGCGGCCCUGAUAAGACUGUGGCAACAAAUUUUGAUGAAUAAGGAAAAAAUCAUUGUCGCCUGCGACGAUCUAGAUCAAUUAGAUGAAGAAGAGAUCCCCGUUAAUAAUUGGGCUGACAUGAUGUCAGAAGCAACAGGUUUACACGUACCGUGGAGAUACUUACGUCCGUUUCUGGUACGUAGUGGUGCAAACUCGUCCACGGUGAAGUACAAAUCGCUCUUUGAGGGAACGUGCGUGAAGCACGAUAUGCUACAUGGUCAAGAUGAAUUGGCGGGUGACCUAUUGCGCCAUCUAGACGCAUUGAAAUCAACAGCGCAAUUAAUCGAUGAAGAUGAUACCGGUAUGCAAUGCUGA